CGAACACUGUCACCAGACAGAUGACAUCAAUGGAACCAGGAUACCUGGAUCCGUCCCUUGGAAGGACCCCUUCCUCGAGAACAUACCGUUGGUCAAUCAUCUGUUGACCCCGCACUGGACUGGAACCGCGGUUGCCAAUGGUCAAUGGUGGGCUUCCACUUCCACCUGGGAUUUGCUGUUCCUCUGCUUCCAAUCACCGCAGUGGAUCCCCGGAGCAAUGGGAGGGGCAACUUUUCAUCAAUCAUGGAAGAUUCUUUCUCUUUGGCCUGGAAGAGCUUGUUUGAAGGUGGUCUGGCUGGCUAUCGUCGGUGUCGAGAAUUCCGUAGGUUUCCCCUCCUUUCGCCCCCUCCUUGCUCGUCUCCCUCCCCUCUCCGCCCAACUAUUAGAACCACCCUCUCCCUUCCUCUUCGUUUCAUUCUUUCUCUCUCUUCUCUCUCCCCAGUGAUACCCAUAUAUAUAUAUAUUCAUCAUGUCGAACCUCUUCACCCAACUCGAGACCCCCUUUGCCAAGUUUGAGCAGCCCCUGGGCCUGUUCAUCAACAAUGAGUUCGUCGCGGGCUCCGAAGGCAAGACCUUCGAGACCGUCAACCCCACCGACGAGAAGGUGAUCACCAGCGUCCACGAGGCCAACGAGAAGGAUGUCGACAUUGCCGUCGCCGCCGCCCGCAAGGCCUUUGAGAACGAGUGGCGUCAGGUCACCCCCACCGACCGUGGCCGUCUCCUCACCAAGCUCGGUGACCUGAUGGAGCGUGACUCCGACACCCUCGCCGCCAUCGAGGCCCUCGACAACGGCAAGGCCUUCACCAUGGCCAAGGUCGAUGUCGCCAACGCCAUCGCCUGUCUGCGCUACUACGGUGGCUGGGCCGACAAGAUCCACGGCCAGACCAUCGACACCAACCCCGAGACCCUCGUCUACACCCGCCACGAGCCCAUCGGUGUCUGCGGCCAGAUCAUCCCCUGGAACUUCCCCCUGCUCAUGUGGUCCUGGAAGAUCGGCCCCGCCAUCGCCGCCGGCAACACCGUCCUCAUCAAGACCGCCGAGCAGACCCCCCUGUCCGGCCUCUACGCCGCCAAGCUGAUCAAGGAAGCCGGCUUCCCCCCCGGUGUCAUCAACGUCAUCUCCGGUUUCGGCCGCGUCGCCGGUGCCGCCAUCUCCAGCCACAUGGACAUCGACAAGGUCGCCUUCACCGGCUCCACCCUCGUCGGCCGCACCAUCCUCCAGGCCGCCGCCAAGAGCAACCUGAAGAAGGUCACCCUCGAGCUGGGCGGCAAGUCCCCCAACAUCGUCUUCGACGAUGCUGACAUCGACAACGCCAUCUCGUGGUCCAACUUCGGCAUCUUCUUCAACCACGGCCAGUGCUGCUGCGCCGGCUCGCGUAUCCUCGUCCACGAGGCCAUCCACGACAAGUUCGUCGCCCGCUUCAAGGAGCGCGCCGCCGCCAACAAGCUCGGCAACCCCUUCGACCUGGGCACCUUCCAGGGCCCCCAGGUCUCCAAGCUGCAGUUCGACCGCAUCAUGGAGUACAUCAACCACGGCAAGCAGUCCGGCGCCACCGUCGCCGCCGGCGGUGACCGCCACGGCGACCAGGGCUACUUCAUCCAGCCCACCGUCUUCACCAACGUCACCACCGACAUGAAGAUCGCCCAGGAGGAGAUCUUCGGCCCCGUCGUCGUCAUCCAGAAGUUCAAGGACGAGGCCGAGGCCAUCGCCAUCGGCAACGGCACCUCCUACGGUCUGGCCGCCGCCGUGCACACCAAGAACAUCAACACCGCCAUCCGCGUCUCCAACGCCCUCAAGGCCGGUACCGUCUGGGUCAACCAGUACAACAUGAUCUCCUACCAGGCGCCCUUCGGCGGCUUCAAGGAGUCCGGUAUUGGCCGUGAGCUCGGCUCGUACGCCCUGGAGAACUACACCCAGGUCAAGGCCGUGCACAUCCGUCUGGGUGAUGCUCUGUUCGCUUAAGCAUGUCGUAUAUAAUGGGGGUUUCGUAUAUAAUGAGAGUAGUCUGAUCUCGACCAUGCACUGUCAUGGAAAAAUGACACGAUUUAUG